AAGCGGAAAUGUUCCUAAGCCCCAUCUGGUCGGGACUUCCUCGACUCUGCCUAACUGUUGCCUGAAAGGAGAUCUUCAAAACUACUCCAAGAAAGUCAAACUUCCUCUCUUCAUCUAUCAGACAACACAACAUACCAUCACACAUUGAUUGUUAAGAAAGCUCGAAUCUCAUCAAUCAUGUCACAACCCACCGUCCCUGAGACUGUCCACAAGGGCGACCUUAUUCUCGCCUACAAGCCCAAGGAGGCACACAUGCUGCUUGUGGUGUCUGCCCCUGACGAUACUAAUAAUACCAAUAUCAUCCAAGACGCUUCUUCCAUCAUGGUGCAGAGGGUUAACUGGCAUAUUCCAGAUUCGCCCGGCUUCUGGACCCUGUACGGCCCAGAGGUGUAUUAUGUCGAUAAAGACGAGGAGGACGAAAAGGACGAAAGAUUCCACAGGUGGUAUUGUCUCUAUGAUGACCAUUCCAAAGAUCUCGAGGAGGAGUCUCUUGAUCGCUUUCUCAAGUCGAUGGCUGUCACCGAUGCGGAUGCCAAAGAUAACCACACGGGGGUUGCCCUCAUCGUGAAUCCUCAUGGAAGGGAUGUUAUCAAGCAUUACUUUCAUGGCAGUUGCCCCCAUUGCGGAAGCACGGGGUGGUUCUGCCCCGGAUGCGGGGGCGUAGGUACACGGUUUCCCGAUCUUUUUGGCAGCUGUGCGGUCGACCAGUCAUGCCCGGUUUGCAUGGGAUAUGAGUUUGCUCUCGAAGAUAAAGGGAUACUUCGAGAACUGGACCGGCUAGAAUAUAUCCUCUACGACUACAAAGACAGUGGUAAUAUGUCGGGGCUAUGUAAAGCACAGAUGGCGAAGACAAAAACGGAGGCUCUUGAGUUGGCAGAGGAAAGAUUUGCACUCAUUCAUGCCAGAAAGGUCGAGAUGGGUCUCAAUUCGGAGAAUGAGAAAAAGAGCUUACAGGAUUGGAAGGACUGUUAUUUGUGAUGGUCUCGAUUGCCGCAACAUUGAGCGCGCUUAGAACUCACAUUGACAGCGAGUAUCAAAAGUCGCUAUUAGGGCUAACUAUUGUGUCAAAGAAAGUGCGAUUUCUAUGGGAAAUGUUUGCUCUCGGUGUUAGGUAUCUAUGUUUCUCUAUGGAACAAUACACAAACAAAUCAUAGCUUUACACAUCUUGCGAUCGACGUGAUCUACUGAGUCAUCUAACACGACCAGCCAUGACAACAUGUCCUCAUUCUCCUUGGA